GGCAAAUGAUCGACUAUGAUUGGUCAAUUUCUGCGCCCUGCGAGCCAUAUAAACGAGCCUUUAAACUGUGUGCGUUCAGCGAAACGUCGAGUGCUUUUCUAUAGAAAUAGUUAUACUAGGCUCUUCAAUAAUACGUCCGCGUCUCUCGCUGGUCUUUCAAGAAACGCGAAACUCACGACAAACACGAUGUCGGCGCACAAGACGUUUAUCAUCAAGCGAAAGCUUGCUAAAAAGUUGAAGCAAAACAGACCGAUCCCGCAAUGGGUUAGAAUGCGUACUGGCAAUACUAUCCGGUACAAUGCAAAGAGACGACAUUGGAGAAGAACCAAGUUGAAGUUGUAAUAGGUUUCAUCUAUUCCUUAGUGGAAAUUAAAUUAAAAUGUUAAAAUAAAAAAAGAACUUUAUGUUCAUAUGUAACUGUGUUUAUUAUUUCCUAUAUACCAGUAAUUACAAAGUAUUUGGUAUUUUA